UCAAUCGGCUCACCGAUGAUGAUUUGGAAGCGAUGCAAAAUUUGCAGAGCCGUUUCCAGAAAUGUGUGGCUGCGAAUGGAUUAGGUUUACAAGCUGAGACUAGUAAAGAUUACUGCGGAGUCACCAUGAAAUUUCCUAUUGACACCAUUCCUAAAUGGAAAGAUCCCAAAACCAAUGAGCUUGAAGGUUUAUCGUAUGAGUUUAAUCUGUGUGAAGCUUUGGCUACUUGGGAACAGGUGCGGAAUAGUACCACCAUUCUCACUCGGGAGUUCAUUGAUUCUUUACCAAAUGGAUGGGAGGAUUAUGCAUGGCGUAGGAUUAAUAAAGGAGUACUGCUUGACCGCUGUAAGAAUAAAACUUUGUGUGUGGAGAAACUUUCUCUGGUACUCCCUUUCACACAACCAUAUGUCCCUCGCAUGUUUGUCCAUUGUGCUGUUAUCGGAAACUCGGGCGAUCUUUUAAAAACAAAGUUUGGGAGAGAGAUAGAUGGCUAUGAUACAGUUGUUAGAGAAAAUGGUGCACCAAUUCAGAACUUUAUUGAUCAUGUGGGCAAGAAAUGUACGUUUCGGCUUCUUAAUAGAGGAUCCGCUAAAGCUCUUGAUAAAGUUGUGGAGUUAGAUGAGUCCAGGAAGGAGGUCUUGAUCAUCAAAACAACAAUUCAUGACACUAUGAACAAGAUGAUUCGGAUAACUGAGAUCCUCAAGCUAGUAAGAAGGCUUUACAGACUCAUUCUAGAUUCUGCAAAAGAGAGGGAAAAUAUUGAUGGGCGCACCAUUUUCUGCGUCUGCUGAUAAUAUUCACAUGCAGCAGCUGCUCAUAUUUUUGUCAAUAAUCAUAUUAAUUUUUGAUGGUUUAUUGAUAUUGA